GAAAAUAAGUAACCCAUGACUUACGCCUAUCCUAUAAAUUAUAAAACGCCAAAAGUGAUAUAUUUCCAUUAUUCCUUAUAUAUAUUUUACUUUUAAAUAUGACAGUGAACUGAAGUUGACAGAAUCGAUUUCAGGUUGAAUUAUUAUUUUUGUUAAAAAAUAGAACCUUUCAUCGUCAGAGGAUUUAGAAAAUAAGUAAUCCAUGACGUACGCCUAUCCUAUGAAUUAUAAAACGCCAAAGCUCUGACUUCACGUAUGAUACAAACUAGUUAUGACAAAUUUAAAAAAUAUUGGUAGGAAAAGAAGAAAUUUUGAUGAACAUGGUCAUAUUUUAAAGACCCUUCGAACUGGCAAAGACAGAAGUGAUAGUUUUUACAAACGAAGCAAAUCUCUAAUUAAAAGCUCUAAAGAUCUUCAUGAAAUUACUGGAGCUCAUGUAAGCACAAAGAUAAUUGCUACUUGGCGUAAAGGAACAUCAAAAACGUAUCUGUCACCUGGUUUCCCCGAGAACUUGUUUUUUGCAUCAGAGUUACUUCAGUCAUCAAACUUAACGAGCAGCGUAGAAACAUGCUUAACAGUGUCUGGACUAAAUGGACAUUUUAAUAAUGACAGUAACAGUUUAACUGGGCUUAGAGUUGGCAAAGAUAAGAGUGAUACCUUUUAUAAACGAAGUAGGUCUUUAAUUAAGAGUUCUAAAGAACUUCACGAAAUUACUGGAGCUCAUGUCAGCACAAAAAUAAUAGCCGCCUGGCGUAAGGGAAAAUCUCGGAUGUACACUUCACCAGGGUUCCCUGAGGAAGUAGAAGUUUCUGCUACAUUUGAAGUUGGCCCAGAUCAACUGACUUCACCAGAAAUAUAUAUGCAAUUAUCUCAGCAUAAGGAAGAUCAUGAAAGUAGCACAUCCAGAAAUGAAAGGAACAUUACAAUUAAAAUCGAUAAAAGAUCAGACUACAAGACAAACAACAAACGUACUCUUGAAAGUAUAAGUUCUUGUGCCAUUUGUAAUGUUAGAUAUACUUUUUUGGCAGAUAAAGAGAAAUCUCAAUGGUUAGAGUGUUCCCAUAAGUGUGGGUACUGGGUUCAUGCAAUAUGCAGUGGAAUUUACUAUCCUGCAGAUGAAGAUGGGCAGAAGUCUUUGUAUAAGUGGUCCAAACAUCAUUUCUUUUGCCCCAGCCAUAUUCCUAAGUCAUGAAUUUUGACAAACACACAUGCAAGUACAUCCAAGGUGCCAUUUUUGUUUCAAUUAAUUUUGUAAAAUAUUUGACAUUUCUUAAAUAAUAAUUAAUCUGCUUUUUAAAAAUGAUAAUAGUGGGAUAAUGCUACCAUUAAGUCUUGAUAAGAUAAAGCAUGUAUGUAUCAUCCACUAAUGCAUUAAAAGAUUUAGCUUAUGAAUCAGCUUGUGAAAAACUGGUAAACAGGUUAAAAAAUACAUUUGUUGAAAGCUUCCUUCUGUGUGUAUGUUGUUUUUUUUCUUGCAAGUAAAAGAAUUCCAGCAAAUUUUACUGAGAACAUUUCUCUACACUUGAUAAAAUAUAUUUGAUAUAUAUUUUUAAAAUGUUUAAUAAUGGACAUCUAGGGGAAAUUGUGACAAAGCAUGAUUGACAAUAAGGUUUAACAUUUUAAUAAGUUUUUAGUCCUACUAUUAAGAAAUUAAGCAAGUUUAUUUCUGUGAUAUUUUAACAUUUGAAAAGGUUUAUCCUUCAAUUUUUUUUUUAAUUUCAGUACAAACAUUGGUGGGAAUGUGUACGUGUAUGUACUCCAAGUGAAGACAAUACAUACUGGUUAUAGUUAUUUUCCAUAUUCUCCGUUUGCUAAUAGCUAGGCAAACACGUUGUUCCUUCUUGUGAAACAAAUGCAGUGAUAUAAGUUCACAAUAUAACUUAAAUGAACUGUAUAUCUUUAAUAAUAAAGCUAUAUACUAUACAUAAAAAAGUUAAAACAGUUACUUUCAUAACUGUCAUAGUUUUGAUUGAUAUUUAAUAUGACAAAAUAUCUCAUAUACAAACUGUGUAAUUGUACAAGAUUUUGACAUCUCACUGUAUCUAAAAUAUUGUACAGUAAAAUAAGUUUGGGUAAUUAUAUUAAACUGAAGUUAAAUAAGUAAGUAAAAAAAAUCUGGAAUCUGGCCGCAAUAUAUAAUAUUCGGCUUAUUCCAAAAUGAUUUUGUGAUUGUCAAAUUACCUUUAAACCCAAAUUCAUAACAUAAUGAGGUACCAAAAUUAUUUAAUUAAUAAAUCUUAGAGAAAAUAGAAUAUUUAAUUUAUAUAAGAUUAAGUAAUUACACUGAAAAGUAUUUAAAAAAAUCCUAGUUGAAAUUUAAAUUAAGAGAAAAAAAAUUACAGUGCAAUUGUUUCUAUAGUCAGGUGCUUAGCUUUUCCAGAUUAUAAGUUUCUAUAGUCAGGUGGUUAGCUUUUCCAGUUUAUAAGUUUCUAUUUUCAGGUGCUUAGCUUUUCCAGUUUAUAAGUUUCUAUUUUCGAUUGCUUAGCUCUUCCAGUUUAUAAGUUUUUAUUUUCAGGUGCUUAGCUUUUCCAGUUUAUAAGUUUCUAUUUUCAAGUGCUUAGCUUUUCCAGUUUAUAAGUUUCUAUAGUCAGGUGCUUAGCUUUUCCAGUUUAUAAGUUUCUAUAUUCAGGUGCUUAGCUUUUCCAGUUUAUAAGUUUCUAUAUUCAGGUGCUUAGCUUUUCCAGUUUAUAAGUUUCUAUUUUCAAGUGCUUAGCUUUUCCAGUUUAUAAGUUUCUAUUUUCAGGUGCUUAGCUUUUCCAGUUUAUAAGUUUCUAUUUUCAAGUGGUUAGCUUUUCCAGUUUAUAAGUUUCUAUAUUCAGGUGCUUAGCUUUUCUAGUUUAUAAGUUUCUAUUUUCAGGUGCUUAGCUUUUCCAGUUUAUAAGUUUCUAUUUUCAGGUGCUUAGCUUUUCCAGUUUAUAAGUUUCUAUAUUCAGGUGCUUAGCUUUUCUAGUUUAUAAGUUUCUAUAUUCAGGUGCUUAGCUUUUCUAGUUUAUAAGUUUCUAUUUUCAGGUGCUUAGCUUUUCCAGUUUAUAAGUUUCUAUUUUCAGGUGCUUAGCUUUUCCAGUUUAUAAGUUUCCAUUUUCAGGUGCUUAGCUUUUCCAGUUUAUAAGUUUCUAUUUUCAAGUGGUUAGCUUUUCCAGUUUAUAAGUUUCUAUUUUCAGGUGCUUAGCUUUUCUAGUUUAUAAGUUUCUAUUUUCAGGUGCUUAGCUUUUCCAGUUUAUAAGUUUCUAUUUUCAAGUGCUUAGCUUUUCCAGUUUAUAAGUUUCUAUAUUCAGGUGCUUAGCUUUUCCAGUUUAUAAGUUUCUAUAUUCAGGUGCUUAGCUUUUCCAGUUUAUAAGUUUUUAUUUUCAGGUGGUUAGCUUUUCCAGUUUAUAAGUUUUUAUUUUCAGGUGGUUAGCUUUUCCAGUUUAUAAGUUUCUAUAUUCAGGUGCUUAGCUUUUCCAGUUAAGUUUCUAUUUUCAGGUGCUUAGCUCUUCUAGUUUAUUAGACUCUAUAUUCAGGUGCUUAGCUUUUCCAGUUUAUAAGCAUAAAUUAUUUGUGCCUGUGCCAAAGAAAAAUAGAAUAAACAUGAUUGCAUUAAUAUUAAUCAGGUUUUUAUUUAUGCAAACAUAGUUUGAAAUUUCAUGUGUGGAUAUAACUUUUGGAUUAAAUAAAUCUUGUCAUAAAAUAGUAAACAGAAUGGUCACGCAUGUGGGAGGCAACAGUGUUUAAUUGAUAUCAUGUUAGGAAAAGUUAGUGUCAAGGUUUUAAAUAUGAGUGGGGUUGGAUUUUUCUACAGUAGGUGACUGAUACUUGUUGUCAAUAAAUUUGACAAUAAAUGAAGAGCAUGCACUCCACCUGUUUAUGUUCAAAACAAGUCAAAUGUAUGUACAAAAAUUCUUUAAACUAUGGAUAUCACAGUUGUAUCUAAAACUCUAAAUAAUUCUAUUUUCUUGUCAAAAGUCCACUUAGGCUAAUUCAGUUACUUUAGAAUCCAAUUGACAAGACAAACUACUUUUCUCUGCUCUUAUCAUAAUAGUAUCAGUGGAUAAUUCACUUAUGCUACCUUGUGGGUUACCACAGCGAGUGAUGGCAAACAUCAUAAAAUGAAGCUAAACUUGCUAUUUCCUACAAUUCAUUAUAACUGCUUGAAAUGUAGAGAGAUUUAAUUUGUCAGUUUCAAAUCAUUUUUACAUUAACAUUAAUUACAUAAUCACCACCAAGGAGCACUAAUAGUAUAUAAUACUUCAGAAUGGCUAAUGUAAAAUCAAGAUAGUUUUUACAAAUUUUAUUCUAUUGAUGUACUUGUUUUUUAGCAUUUCAGAGUAUUAAGAUCAAAGUGUGUUCAUUAUCUUUGUAUAUCAGUAUUUUUAUUAUAGUUGUACGAUUGUAUUUUUUUUUCUGUUACUGCUGCUAUUAUAGUUCACUAAAUACCAAAGACUGUUCGAUUUUGGAAUCAAUGAGAAAACAUGCACAAAUGCAAGUUAGCAAUGUAAAAGGUAUUUGUUUUUUGUUCAAAAGUAUGAA